CAUGGAGUCAUCCUGGUCUUCACUGGGAGGCAGCCUGGGCUCUGCAGAGCCGCAGCUGCAGCGUUUCAUGGAAGCAGAGGUGCAGAAGCAGCGGGUGCAGUUGCUCAUCCACCACAUGACGGAGCUCUGCUGGGAGAAGUGCAUGGACAAGCCCGGGCCCAAGCUGGACAGCCGGGCUGAGGUCUGCUUGGUGAACUGCGUCGAGCGCUUCAUCGAUACGAGCCAGUUCAUUUUGAAUCGACUGGAGCACACCCACAAGGCCAAACCGUUCUUCUCACAAAACCUUUCUGACUGAUCUUAAUGUUUCCCUCUUUGAAAAAGGAAGAUCCCUGUUCCUUAGGGCUUCAGAGGCCGAGCCAGUGCAAGACUGAUGAGAAAAAUCCCGAAAUCAUCUGUGCCUGAAGGAAAACAACACACCUGGAGAGGAUGGAGUCAGGAGACGCCGAUCUCUGUCAAGUCACCGUGCACAAGAGCCUCUUCCACGGGGGACGGAGACAGGGCUCAUCAGUGAAGAGACUUGUUACUCAACCGUUCUUACCCCAGUCAGUUCUGGCUGAUUCAACACCCUCUCCUGACCUCUGGGGCAUUCUAGUCACAUGGCACACUUACAUUCACAUAACAGCGUGGAAAGAUGGCUCAGUGAGGAAGAGUACCGCUUGCCCUUCCAGAGGACCCACAUUAAUUCCCCAGCAACCACACGGUGUCUCACAGCAUCUAUAACUCCAGUUCCAGGGGAUCCGACACGUUCUCCCCUCCUCUGGCAUUCACAGGCACUGCACGCACGUGGCGAACAGACCUGCGUGCAGGUAAAAUAUCCGUGCACACAAAAUACAAAUGAAGGUGAAAACACUGAACAUAUAAAAUAAAUAUUUGAA